AAUACACACCCCAUUCUCAAAACCUUUCCAUUCCAACCCAAGAAGAAAACAACACCACCAAAAAUGGCCAUCACUCUCCUUGUUACCCUAACAACUACUCGACCAAAGCCUUUCAUCGACUAAAAACUCCAUUAACGAAUCUACAAUCGACCACUGAAUCCUAUCCAUGGACUCAAAACAAGUAUCGAAGAUGAAAUCUUUCGAUAUCAAACUGGAAAAGACCAACGCCAUUUUGAAGUACAAGAGGCUUCACACAAUCACGACUCUGUUCCGAUUCAUGGAGAUGAUUGUUUUUCUCGUCAUGAUUUCGUCUCAACUACCGUUUUCCUUUUCCGUUAAAGUUUUUGGUGAUUAUUUCAGAGGAAUCACUUUCUCGGCAUUUAGCCCUAAACUCGUCUUCUUGAUCGGAAACGUGAUAAUACUGAUUCUGUUUUUGAAAUCUCGAGCUUCUGAAAACAACGAUGGCGACAAAAUUGAGGAUUUAUGCUACGAAUACGUUAACAGCUGCGAGAGAAACGUAGUAAAUAGUACUACUGUAACUGUUCUUCCUCCUCCUCCUCCUCCUCCUUCUCCUACUCCUACUACUACUACUGCGGCUGCUGUCAUUAUUCCGAGUAACAGAAGGAAGAUUUCGAGAUGCCGAUCGGAGAAUCCGAUAAGAGUAGAAUGCAAAGAGAAUCAAACUCACCGGGAACUGAGGCGGUCGGCGACGGAGAUGGGCAGAUCGAAGAACUGCGAUAGGGCGGCGGAGAGGGAGAAGAGUUAUUUGGAGGAUGAAUUGAGCUGCGAAGAUUUCCGGCGAACGGUGGAGGCUUUUAUCGCGAGACAACAGAAGAUCUUGAGAGAUGAAGAGUUCUCUCCCAUGGUGUAUAUCGAGUCAUAGAAGCAUAGACUUUGAUUUAAAAAGAAUUUUUGUUUUUAUGUUUUCGCAAAAGAACAAAAAAGAAAAAGAGAAAUCUAAAACACCACUUGGAUAAAGAGUCUAUACGAGUCAAGUUUUAUUGAGCUCGUGUGAGUUAUAUUUUAUUCAGUUUUUGAGUGCACGAGUUGAGUUUUUAGAUAUUAUGUAUGUAUGUAUGUAUGUAUGUGUAAAUAUUUUUGGCUUGAAUCCAAUCAAAUUUGUACUGUUAAA